CGUUUGAAUUAGGGCACUCAAAAAUGUUUACAGUUGGAAGUUUCUUUGGUAAUGACGUCAUCAAAUGUUAUUAGGUAGGCCCUCUAGUAAGAGAGAAGGUUUAGACUAGGAUCGAAUGACAUCAUCAAAUGGUUUAUUAGUUAAGCCGAUAAUCAGAAGACACUCUACCCGAGGCAGAAGGUUUAAAGAUUCGUUGAAUUUUAUGAGAUCGGGGGAGUUAGGAGAGUUUUCGAGGAAGAAAGAGAUUUGCGAAAAUGAUAAAGGCAGUGAUGAUGAUGAACACACAAGGCAAGCCACGCCUUGCCAAGUUCUACGAUUUCUUGGUACGAUAUGCUCCUCUCGAUACUAUGGUUUUUUAUUUUCAAAAUUGAAUCGAUUCCUCAGCUUUUUGAUUUUGGUUUCAGACUCUGUAGAAGCAACAUGAGAAUGUAAGCAAUUUUCUGGAGAUUGAUUCAUUGUUUGGCCCGGAUUCUCGGCUUGUAUACAAACACUAUGCCACUCUCUACUUUGUGCUUGUUUUUGAUGGAUCAGAGAAUGAGCUUGCUGUGCUUGAUCUCAUUCAUGUUCUUGUUGAAAUACUCGACAAAUGCCUCAGCAAUGUCUGUGAACUGUUCAACUACAGCAAGAUGCAUACAGUGUUAGACGAGAUUGUGUUUGGAGGUCAAGUUCUUGAAACUAGUUCCACGGAAGUCAUUAAGGCUGUUGAAAAUAUAUCAAAGUUAGAAGCUGCCUCCAACGCUAUUUCACUUGUUCCCAAGUCUGUUUCCGGGUGGCGAGGCCGGUAGCUUCAAAACUAACUUGCCUGAACCGUGACAAAGACCAAGUUAAUUAGAUUCCAAAACAUGUAACAAAGAUUCUUUCAUGUCUUAAAAUUACUUUCAUCACACUUUGUAAUUCAAGUGUUUUGCUUGCACGAAAUUGUUGUGUUUCUCAUCUUGUCCCGUCCUUUGA